GCCUACAACAAUGUCGUCCAGGAGCGCUGCGAGAUUGCUGUCCAGGUCGACCUUCGGGCCUGCCGGUGGACGGGUUGCCGCAGUCAGUCGACUGACGUCCGGCCUUUCUCAGCUGGCAGCCCCGGCAGCUCCACCACAUGUGGGCCAAGCGCCUCUACCUCUGCCACGGCUCCAUCGGCCCUUCUCCACUAGUCCACGUCGAGCCGCAACUACGGAUCCAUCCCAAUCUACCCCUCCAGCACCUACCGAGAAGCCCGUCUCGCUUGUGUACGAGCUGCACUCCCCUCCCAAGGAUGCUUCGCCCAACGCCGGUGGAGCUCAGUCUCUGGUCGUCUGCCACGGCCUCUUUGGCUCAAAGCAGAACUGGCGCUCCCUUGCCAAAGCCAUGGCCAAGCAAUUCGGCAUACCGGUCUAUGCCGUCGAUUUGCGCAACCAUGGGACCAGCACGGAGCAUGUAGAGGGGAUGAGCUACAGGGAUAUGGCUCUGGACCUGCUAGAGUUCGUCAAGGAGCACAAGCUCGAGAAGAUUGCCCUCGUGGGACACUCCAUGGGCGGAAAAGCAGUCAUGGCUUUUGCUCUUGCGCCGGAGCUGAAAGAGGGGACGUUGGAGUAUCUGAUCAGUGUGGAUAUGAGCCCUGCUAGGGGACCCUUGAGCAAGGAAUUUGAGGAGUACAUUGAGGCUAUGUUGGCCAUUGAGAAGAAGGGAUGUCGCACGAGGGGAGAGGCAGAUGAACUGCUCAAGGAGACUGAGCCGGACGUGGGCGUGCGCCAAUUCCUGCUCACGAAUCUGCAAAAGAGCGACUCGUCCGACUCGUGGUGCUUCAGAAUCCCUGUAUCACUGAUCAAGCGAUACAUGAGUCAGAUUGGCGAUUUUCCCUAUGAUGCUUCGGACCGGACGUGGGACGGCAAGACUUUGUUCGUCAAAGGGACGGAGAGCAAGUAUAUCAAUCGGAGGAACAAGCCUCUGUGUAACGAGUACUUCCCGAAUGCUGUCCACGUAGACGUCGAGGCGGGCCACUGGGUGCAAGCGCAGAAGCCGCGAGAAUUCAUCCAGGCCCUGUCAGACUUCUUUGCGGGGAAGCUGUAGAGCUCAAGUGAAGCUGUGAAUAGUAAUGCCAAUCAUUACACCUUUGAAGUCAGACCUUAUAGAGAAGGACAAUGCCGAUGCUGUGAGGAGCG